GCGCGCUGCUGCGGAGCGCAAGCCCGAGCGGACUGCCGCGCAACCGCGCUUUUGGGCCAACCACGAACUGAGAGAGUGCUGGGCGGAUAUGGCGCAUGCUGGGAACUGUGUGGCACAGGCGCACUUGGCCUCAACGCCUGGCUUGUUCAGCUGCCCCGGCUACGGAUCGAGUGAGCGGCAUCCCCAUCGGGGAUGCGACGUCAAGAAUGUGAUAGGAUUGAGUGUCCCACUGAGCUCGGAUAGCAGAGAGGUAGAUGUGGCAUCAAAGAACGUCGUCUGCAAGAGUCAUGUUGCUACGCUCAGGAGUGUGCAAUGCAGGGGGAGAAAGGGAGGUGUAGAGGUGGUCCCUAUGUCUACAUCGCAUCCAUGCUUGGCCAUGGCGAGGAGCAGAUCACCCAGGAAAGUUAAGCGGGGUAUCGACGAUGCAACAAUAAAGCUAGUUGCUGAUGAGCUAUGGAAGCAUGCAGAGCCAAAGCACUUUGCCUCAAAUGAUGAGGAUACGUGGAAACAGGUGGAGGAGGAGAAGCAGCAGGAGCACGAGGACAAGCGGGAGGAGCGGGAGGAGGAACGGGGGAAAGAGCAGGGGAAGCAGCGGGAGAGGGAGAAGCAGCAGGAGGGAGAGCGGGAGAAGGACAAGGAGGUGGAGAGGGAGGAGCAGCAGGAGAACGAGCGGGAGCGGGGCUAUGGCGGGAUGUUUGUCACGUUGUUUGGAGGAGGAGGAGGAGGGGGAGUGGGAGGAGCGGGAGAAGAAGCGGGAGGAGGUGUGGGAGGAGCGGGGAAGGAGAGGGAGCGGGGCUAUGGCGCGGGAAGAGGAGCGGGAGGAGGGGGAGGAGGAACGGGGGGAAAAGCAGGAGAAGCAGCGGAACGAGGACGAGCAGCAGCAGGAGCGGGAGGAGCAGCAAGAGAGGGAGCGGGAGAAGGAGAGGGAGGAGGAGAGGGAGGAGGAAUGGGAGAAAGAGUGGGAGCGGGGCUAUGGCGGAAUCUUUGGGACAAAGACAUCGCCAUCGUAGUAGACCGCACGGUUCCCGAGACCACCAUGACUAUCGGAACCCUCCGUAGUCAGGUCUCAUUUGAUGUCAUGCACUUAAUGUGCGGCAUCGUUUUGGGAACACCGUGGCUAGACCGCUACAUGCCAUACUUGUUCCACCCCAACUUCAUCCGCCUUACCAACCCCCUUGACACAACCAUCGACAUUCCCUAUCUCCCCUAUCCCCCCUCCCCAAGCUCCGUGACCGCGCACCAAUUUCUUCACAUGGCUCGUACGUACCCCGACUCCGCCUACUAUUGCCUUGUCCUUGAUCGCGAGCGUUUGGAGGACUUGCUCCCAACGGACAAACCCGACCAAGCCCCCCCCUCCGGCCCCGCCCUCACCUCCAUCCUCGACGAGUUCAAGGACGUCUUCCCCGAGUCCUUGCCCGCCGGAUUACCUCCGGAUCGUGGCGUAUCCCACACCAUCGAUUUGGAGCCCAAUCACUCUCCACCUUGCCGCCCUCCGUACCAACUCUCCGUUCCGGAAGUCGAAGAAAUGAAGCGGCAACUCAAUGAACUCCUUGAAAAAGGAUUCAUUAAGCCAAGUUCAUCCCCCUUCGGCACAAGCUGCCUUUUCGUCAAGAAAGGCGGAACAUCGGAACUCCGGAUGUGGACAGACUACCGUGCCUUGAAUCGGAUCACGAUCAAGAACAAGUACCCCCUACCUCGGAUCUCCAAGGUUCUUGAUCGCCUCCAUGGAGGCAAAUAUUUUACCAUAAUUGACCUGCGCAGUGGCUUCCACCAGAUCCGCAUCCGAGAGGAGAACACCCACAAGACCGCAUUCCGUUCUCGCUUCGGGCACUACAAGUUCCUCGUGAUGCCCUUCGGACUCACCACCGCCCCCGCCACAUUCCAAUCCACCAUGAACCACAUCUUCCGCGACCUCCUCGAAGUCUGUGUCGUCGUUUACCUCGAUGAUAUCCUUGUCUACAGCCCCACCUUCGAGUUCCAUCUUCAACAUCUCUGCCAAGUACUCUCUAUCCUCAGAGAGCAAAAAUUAUAUGCCAAGCUCAACAAAUGCACCUUUGCCGCUUCAAGCGUUGAAUACCUUGGCCACAUCGUCUCCGUUGAAGUGAGCAUAGUCCCCGUCUUCCAUCAUAUCCGAACAACGGCAUUGACAUAUGCGCUGAUCCAAGCAAGUUCAGUUGCCAGUGGAGUGCCUAGAUCGGUAUGGCUGAAGCAGAGAACUGGGGGGACAUGGAGGGACAUGCACAAUCCGCACUUCCUGCAGGACAACAGGCGGUUCAGAUCCUACUGCCAAAUGAUUUCACCUCUGUUUGAAGGAUUGUUGAAUCGUCUUCGCCCGCACCUGGAAAGACAGUGUACGCACAUGCGACUUCUGAUUGAGCCCGCUCGUGUUGUGGCGUGUGCCCUCAACAGGUUUGCGAGCGGGGAGUCCUAUGACAGGGUUGGGGACAGGUUCGGUGUUGGACAUGCUACGGCUAUCGGAUGCACAAGGCGCGUGACCAAGGCAAUUCUGAAUACAAUGUUGGGGAUGAUUUCAUUCCCAGAUGCCGAGAGAAUGCCAAGGACCAUUGCCCAGUUCGCUAGUGAGGGUUUUGUCCAUUGUGUAGGUGCCAUCAAGUGCACACAUUUCUUCAUCGAGAAGCCGGACAACGAAAGGGCAACGGACUACUAUGAUCGCACAGGGCAGUACAGCAUCGUGGCGCAAUGUGUCUCGGGCAUGGACCUACGCAUCCUCGACUUCAAUGUGGGAUGGGCGGGUAGUCAGCACGAUGUUAGGGUGUUGCGCAAUUCCUCGCUGUAUGACCGGGCGACUCAUGAAGGGUUCUUCUCAAACACAACAGUGCGAUUGGACAAUGGAGCGAGGGUCAACCAGUAUCUCAUAGGCGAUGUUGGAUACACCAACCUUCCAUGGCUACUGCGGCCGUUCCCUGGCCAACCGCAAGGGGACCGUUUGCGCUUCAACGAUGCACACGAAUUGGUCCGGAAGUGCGUGGAGCGCUGCUUUGGUCGGCUGGAAGGAAUGUGGCAAGUUUUGUACAAGAGGCAAACGGGCGAUAUUGAUGCCAUGCCAGAACAAAUUACGGCCACUGCGGUGCUUCACAAUUACUGUAUUGAUGGUGAUGCGUUCUUCAACGUGCAUCAAUUCAUGAGGAGGCACCGCAAUCUAGGCAUUUUCAAUCAGGCACCUGACAACGCAAUGCAGGUCGAAGUUAAUGAACAAAGCGGUGAUACAGCCAGGGAGGCCAUCUUAGAACACAUGGCAGUCAGUGCGGCUAGGCGCCGAGCGCAUUGAAAUCAUAUAAUGUUUAGAUUAUUUAGAAGUAUUUGAAAACUCCAGUCAGAGCCUUUUGAUUUUCAAUUGACGACCUUUAACACUA